GGAAUGCCAACUUUCGACAUGUCGAUAACGAUCAAAUUAUUAGUGUGAAAGUAGUGAAGAAUCAUUUCCGGUUUUGAGACGUGGAGAGUUGUGAAUGUAAACGAAAGCCUCAUUUGAAGGAUUUUUUGAGGCUAAAAUUAACCACCGUCUAGAAUAACCAUGGUGAGUCGAUUGAAACUUCAGUACUGCAAGAUAAUCCUGGCCACAUCCCUUGUCUGGUUCCUGCUUGAUGUUGUCCUGCUCAUGUACUACACAGACUGUGCCACGCACGCGUCUGUUGACUGUCAGAACACAAAUAACAAUGAGAAACCAGUCAAAAAAUCUGAGGAGUCGUUGUUGCAGAGGAUUUUACCAAAAGAGCCUGUCGCCCCAGACGAACCAGCAGGCAUUCCACCCACCCGCAUCAAAUACAUAACACCGACAAAAAUGCCCAAACCAAAAGAGCCCCCAAAGCCACAUAAACUGCCUGAUUUUAUUCCAGGUCUGAUGGGCCGGCCAAGUAUGCCUGGUGACAUGGGAAAGCCUGUCAGUAUCCCAGCAGACAGACUGGAGGAAUCCAAGGACAAGUUCAAGAUCCAUCAGUUCAACCUUGUGGCUAGUGAUAUCAUGUCCCUCAAUAGAACCCUGCCAGAUUACAGGAUCCCUGGGUGUCGAAAUAAGAAGUACCCUCCAGUUUCCAAGCUGCCAGACACGAGUGUAGUGAUUGUAUUCCAUAAUGAGGCCUGGUCUACACUGCUACGUACCAUCCACAGUGUGAUCAAUCGCUCUCCACCCGAGCUACUGAAGGAGAUAAUUCUGGUUGAUGAUGCCAGUGAACACGAGGAGCUGGGAGAGAAGUUGGACGCCUACCUGGCUACGCUGCCGGUCCACUGUUACGUGCUGCGUACAGAGGAGCGCACAGGGCUCAUACGAGCACGACUAAAAGGUGCUGCCAAAUCGAAGGGCAAGGUGAUCACAUUCCUGGACGCUCACUGUGAGGCCACGGAGGGCUGGCUGGAACCUCUCAUGGCAGAGAUCUACCAUGACAGGACCUCAGUGGCGUGUCCCAUUAUAGACGUGAUCAGUGAUGACACGUUUGAGUACAUCACGGGGUCAGACAUGACAUGGGGAGGGUUCAACUGGAAACUGAACUUCCGCUGGUACCCUGUUCCACAGCGAGAGCUGGACAGACGUGCUGGGGACCGCUCACAGCCUGUGAGGACACCCACCAUGGCCGGGGGUCUAUUCUCCAUAGACCGAGACUACUUUUACGAAGUGGGAUCGUAUGACGAGGGCAUGGACAUCUGGGGAGCAGAGAAUCUGGAGAUGUCAUUCAGAGUGUGGAUGUGCGGUGGUAAGGUGUUGAUUGUCACCUGCUCCAGGGUGGGUCAUGUGUUCAGGAAGACUUCGCCGUACUCUUGGCCAGGGGGCGUGGCCAAGAUCAUCAAUCACAACACACAGAGGAUUGUGGAGGUGUGGAUGGACGAGUACAAGGACUUCUUCUACAAGAUCAACCCUGGUGUGAAGAACACAGAGUAUGGCGAUGUGUCGGCACGGAAGGAGUUCAGAGAGAACAAGCAGUGCAAGAGUUUUAAGUGGUACCUGGAGAACAUCUACCCUGAGUCACAGAUGCCUGUCGAGUACCAUGCACUGGGAGAGAUCAAGAACAAGCAGACAGGGGGUUGUGUUGACAGUAUGGGACGUAAGUCGGGAGAGAAAGUUGGCCUGGUCCACUGUCACGGCAUGGGGGGAAACCAGCAAAAUCCCAACCAGGUGUUUGCCUUUACGGGUAAGGGUCAACUAAUGAUGGAUGAUAACGUAUGUAUCACGUCAGCGCGGGGCGUCAUAAAGUUCCAGACGUGCGAGGCAGAUGGCCCCAAGUGGGACUAUAACAAAGAGACACAUGAGUUACGGCAUGUGAACAGUAAUCAGUGUCUAGGAAAGGCGAGCGACGCAGACAAAGAGGCCCCCUCUAUAGGCCCAUGUGAUGGUUCAGAGGGACAGAAGUGGACAUUUUCUGACAUGAAAAUGUGACAUACUUGAGUGAUAGGACUAUUCAAUCAAACCAAAUCAUGGGUUUACUGGUUCAACUCAAGUACGAAACCUUACAUAAAAGCUCAAGUGUGAUAAAACAAAUCGUAGGUAUUACAAUUUAAAUGUUCGAUGCUGUCUAACAUGAAAACAAAGUGUAACAGAACUAGAGAAAAUAAACUAAUUACGUGUGGAAUGAUAUCAUUGGCGGUAAAUGUAUUUCUUACUAAACUACAUAUUGCGAUAAAACUGGUGCAGUACAAACGUUAGUCGUGGGUAUUAGGAUUUGAAUUUGAAAAACAAAACAUUCUUACAUGAAAGGAAAGUGUGAUAUACAACAGGUGUAGAAUGUUGACAGUUCCUGAUACAUGUAGUUCUACUGCUGUAACGGUUGGAUGUUGUUGAGAUUGGAUCGCUAUGGUGCUGUGUGUAGCUGUGUACUGUGGCUGUAUGAAUCUAGUCUGCGACUGGGAUUGGGAUCACCAAAAGGGAUCCAAACAUGGGAUCACCAAAGGAAUCCAAUAAUGGGAUCACAAAAGGGAUAGAAAAAAAUGAGAUCAUCAAAUGGAUCCAAUAAUGGGAUCACCAAAGGGUUCCAAGUAUGGGAUCUUCAUCCCUUGAUUCAUGCGUUUAAGUGUGAAACUUGUUGAUUGUGUACAGCAAGAAGGGGCCUUCCCUCGCUUUAAUAUACCAUUUAAAGCAUUUAAAUGAAUUUUAAGGUGCAGCCAUUAUUGUUAGAAGUACAGGCAUUGUUGUCAGUUUACAAGUAAUUGUUGUCAGUUGUCAAUAAAGCCUACAAGCUUUAUGACCCUUUAGUAAAAAUUUAAUCAGCAAACAAUGUUAUAUUUUGUUCUUACAUUGUCCCAAGUGAUAAAAUUAAGAUUUGUUUUAGUUUUUUCCUUGACAAGCCACUUCUUUGUUUGUUUGACAGCUCUGUUUGAAUGGUAUUGCCAUUUUUAUAAUAGAUAUUUAUACGGCAUUAUUUAUUUGUCCACUAAUUAGAUAAAUGUACAGCUGUAUUUAACUGUAUUGUUCUCUUAAGAUUUUGUGAGUCAUUUGUUGUUGUAUUUUUUUACAUUUGAUACCUGCUUAAACGGUUUUCUGCUUGUGAAUAGUUGAAAGUCUAUAGUGAUUCAAUUUGAAGAUUUUUUAUACCCUUUUCCACUUAGAUACGUAUUUUGACACACUUGUAGUCACUCAGAGAGUUAAAUUUAAUUAAAGACCUUUCUUGUUAGAUUCAAAUGUUAAAGGCUUCAUCUCCAACCCUGAUUUACAGCAAACAGCAUACAACCUGAACAGACUGCGAGUUACUCGCAGGCUGUUCUGGUUUUAUGCUGGUUGCAAAAGCCAUUGUCACUUUGCUUCUGAGUGGGAAAGUGUUAAUGAAGUUUGUGGGUUCAUUUAUGCUUGUAAGAGUGUCCGUGUCUGGCAUUGUCUAGUGUAAUCUAAGCUACUUAGUUGAGGGUAGUUGCAAGGGAGGCUACUGUGUCAACAAAUCGAUUAAAUUGAGCAUGGCUCUGGGAAAACCGGGCUUAAUGCAUGGUGCGAUAAGUGUCGUCCCAGGACUGCACAGGCUUAAUGCAUUGUGCCAUAAGUGUCGUCACAGGACUGCACAGGCUUAAUGCAUGGUGCGAUAAGUGUCCUUCCAGGACUGCACAGGCUUAAUGCAUGGUGCGAUAAGUGUCGUCACAGGACUGCACAGGCUUAAUGCAUGGUGCGAUAAGUGUCCUUCCAGGACUGCACAGACUUAAUGCAUGGUGUGAUAAGUGUCGUCCAAGGACAACACAGGCUUAAUGCAUGGUGCGAUAAGUGUCGUCCAAGGACUACACAGGCUUAAUGCAUUGUGCAAUAAGUGUUGCCCCAGGACUGCACAGGCUUAAUGCAUUGUGCAAUAAGUGUCGCCCCAGGACUGCACAGGCUUAAUGCAUGGUGUGAUAAGUGUCGUCCAAGGACUGCACAGGCUUAUCAGGAAAGGCACUUUCUUCAGAGACUGGAAUUUAGUUUAAAUAAAAAAUUCCAUAAAAGCGGACAUCCUUGGUAAGCCUGUUCAAACUGCACAGGCCAAUUUUGGCGGACACUUAAUGCACCUGCAUUAAACCCCAUUAUUCCUAGAGCACUGCUCAAUUCUAAAGCUGGAUCUUGAAUUUAAGCCCUUAUUAAGGAGUUCAUAUGUUGCCUGAUUAUUGUUUUCUUUUAUCUUGUCAUCAUACCAAGUGGCCACAGAUGUUUAGUGCAUGGCAGAGUCACUACGACACUAUCAAUAUGUCAUGAAACAAUUUUCAUCGCCAUGACCAACAAAAAAAUCUGAUAUAUUAUAUAUAUUCUUGUAUAUUAUUUUAUUUUUUUACGUCAAAGUGAUUGAUAGUGUUUAAGUGACUUGGCCACGCGCAAAUCACCUGUGCGAGCUAGUGACUUGUCAAUAUUGUUCAUGAACAUUCCAUUUAUUGCUUUAGCUUGUACAUAUUAACAUGAAUCUUACAUAAAUUAUUUCCUGUAGGGCAGUACGUUUAUUCUGUAAUAUCUGUUAAUUUUUUAAGGGUUAGAGUUAGGGUUAGGGAGCUAACUCUGAAUGGUACAUAAAUUAUUUCCUGAAGGGUAGUACGUUUAUUCUGUAAUAUCUGUGAAUUUUUUAAGGAAGUAUCAUUGCAAAAUCCUGUCUUGGGGAAAGUUUCUUGCCGACAGCACAGGCUAGUCUGGGACGACGCUUUACACACACAUUAUUACGCCUUUACUGACAGAGCAAGGCUUGUUUUUAUACCUUAACGGUUGAUUACAUUUUAAUGUUUCUGCUAUUUACAAAUCAAGCUAGUAACAUUUAUAUAAAAUAAAGUACGUUUGGCUUUGUUGUGAUAUCUCAUUAUGUCCGUAAACUCAACAUAUUGCCUACAAUAAAAUUUUAAUGGAGCAUUUUAAGGAAUUGAAACACACGUAGAUGUUUUUGUCUUUUAACAAUUAUUUUGUUAUGAGUGAUAACCGUAGAUAUUAUCAAAUGCUAAACCUUGCCGCUAUUCAGUAUGUUUUACAUAAUAAAAACUAUUCUAGCAGUGUGUUACAUAAUGCUUAUAUUUAACCAUAUAUUUUUUAUGCCCCCCUUUGAAGAAGAGGGAGUAUAUUGCUUUGCUCAUGUCGGUCUGUCGGUCGGUCUGUCGGUCCGUCCACCAGGUGGUUGUCAGACGAUAACUCAAGACUGCAUGGGCCUAGGAUCAUGAAACUUCAUAGGUACAUUGACCAUGACUCGCAGAUGACCCUAUUGAUUUUGAGGUCACUAGGUCAAAGGUCAAGGUAGAUUGAUCAUGACUUGCAGAUGACCCCUAUUGAUUUUGAGGUCACUAGGUCAAAGGUCAAGGUCACGGUGACCCGAAAUAGUAAUAUUGGUUUCCGGAUGAUAACUCAAGAACCCAUACGCCUAGGAUCAUGAAACUUCAUGGGUAGAUUGAUCAUGACUCGCAGAUGACCCCAAUUGAUUUUGAGGUCACUAGGUCAAAGGUCAAGGUCACUGUGACCCGAAAUAGUAAAAUGGUUUUCGGAUGAUAACUCAAGAACGCAUACGCCUAGGAUCAUAAAACUUCAUAGGUAGAUUGAUCAUGACUUGCAGAUGACCCCUAUCGAUUUUGAGGUCACAAGGUCAAAGGUCAAGGUCACGUUGACCUGAAAUAGUAAAAUGAUUUUUGGAUGAUAACUCAAGAACGCUUUUGCCUAGGAUCAUGACACUUCAUAGGUACAUUGAUCGUGACCCGCAGAUGACCCCUAUUGAUUUUGAGGUCACUAGGUUAAAGGUCAAGGUCACAGUGACAAAAAUCGUAUUCACACAAUGGUUGCCCUACAACGGACAGCCCUUGUCUCUAGGUUAUUGCUUGGUGUGCUAUUUUAAAUUAAUUAGUAAAUCAGAUAUUUAUCAAUUUACCUCUUAUUUUAAUUAGGUAAAUAAGUCAACUUUCCUGUAUCAAUUUUUUUGUAUAACGCCCACUAUCUUCAUUCGGUAAAAUAUUUGCGAUAACUUACUUUAAUAAUCAAUUGCAUAAAUUAUAUUUCCCAACAAUUGUUUGGUAUCUAUUUUAUUUGUUAUGAGAAAAACUUUACUGAUGUAACUUGCUUUCUUAAUGAAUUGCAUAACUUGCCAUCUACAAGUGUUUUGUAUCUAUUGCUUUUUAUGUGAGAAUCUUUACGAGCGAGCAACCAAACAGUUUUACUUAAAAUAUAAAAUAACCACAGCUAGUGUUCUUUCCUUAUCAGUGUGAUUGUUAUUAUUUGUGUUUGUUUUAAUGUACAAUUUUAUGAAUGAAACAAAAGAGAGGGAUACAUUGAAUUGUUUGUUUAUUUGAUCCUGGCUCUGGGAAAAACUUGGCUUUAUGCAUGUGGCUUAAGUGUAGUGCCAGAUUAUCUUGCGCAGUCUCAACAGGUCAAACAGGGGCGAUACUUUCGGCCUUAAUUUCGAUACACUUGAAGUGGAAAGUGUCAUCCCUGACCAGCCUGUGUGGACUGCACAGGCUAAUCUGUUACUACACUUCCCACAUCCAUUAAAACCCCUGACCAGCCUGUGCGGACUGCACAGGCUAAUCUGUGACUACACUUCGCACAUCCAUUAAGACCCCUGACCAGCCAGUGCGGACUGCACAGGCUAAUCUGUGACUACACUUCGCACAUCCAUUAUGACCCCUGAUCAGCCAGUGCGGACUGCACAGGCUAAUCUGGGACUACACUUUGCACAUCCAUUAAGACCCGUUUUCCCAGAGCGCGGCUCAUGUAUAUUGUUAUUGUUAUAGGGUGUAAAAAAUAUUGGUAUGUAUGGCUUAUGGUAAAGAUAUCAAAGGGAAAUAUAUUAUGGUACAUUAUAAGUUAUAAAUAUAUAUUUGGUACCAAAAUUUUGUUAUGAAGAUAUAUUAAAAAUGCAAAUAUAUUAAACAUGCUGUUUUUAUAGUAUAAAUAAUAUAUGUGUGUCAUGUCAUAUUUGUUUAUUGUAUAUAAUGUUACAAAAUCAAAUAAAUUGUUUUGUUAGUAUGGAUCAAAAAAAACACACACGACUUUGUGUUCAGAGAUGUAUUCCGAUAUAGGUGGCUGUAGGCUUACCCUCUGUCCAUCAUCGUGUCUGUCUGUCUGUUGGUAGGUCUGUCCACAAAAUGUGUCUGACGUUAUUUGAUCAGAGAGGGCCCUAAACUAAAAUGUCUUAACAACAAAGCUGAUUUAUAGUUGUUCUAAGUCUGUUGAAUGUAUACAUGAUAUAAUUGUGUGUUUGAAGUGGGAAAUGAUUCAAUAUAUUACACGUUAUUAUUAUCAAUACAUGUAUUAUAUUCAGGAGUAUUUAAAACAAACAAAAACUGAAACUACAAAAGGGAAGCUUAGUUGUGCCUUAAUGUAUGUGGAUGGUUGAAUUAAAAUGGCGGUAAUGAAA